ACCGAUGUAACUUACUGCCCACAGCUCGUUGUAGCAGUCGCCUGCUAAGCUAUCGAGAUGCUAACAUUGUCUGAGUUUAAAAAUCCAGUCACCUGACGAUGUAAACUGGGUCAGCAGGCAGCAUAGGGCUGCUUUAUCGAUGAAACUGUUUUAAUAUUACUUUGACGAAGCUUUGUCCAGGAUCCAGAGAAAUCCACGAUGAACCUGGAGCGACUGCCCAAUGAGGAGAAGCUCAGCCUAUGCAGAAAAUACUACUUAGGUGGCUUUGCGUUCCUCCCAUUUCUCUGGCUGGUCAACGUUGUUUGGUUUUUUCGUGAGGCUUUUAUGAAGCCAACCUACACUGAACAACUCCAGAUCAAAACAUAUGUGAAGCGGUCGGGGCUGGGGUUGCUGUUAUGGGUAGCAGUACUCACCACAUGGAUUACCAUCUUCCAGCACUUCAGAGCAGAGUGGGGGGCAGUGGGGGAUUACCUCUCCUUUACAAUUCCACUGGGCAUUCCCUGAGAUGCUUUUUGACAAUAGGUCUUUUGAAAAAAACAAAUGAACCACUGUAAUGGACCAAAAACAAGCUUCUCUAAACUCUAAAAUUCAAACGCUUAAUAAUACAUUAACAGUUUUCAAAAGAAAAAUGCUGUAGGACUUGGAAUUUUUCUUUUUUGUGCUAACCUAGGAAACCAAGAACAUUUUUACAGUAGGCUAAUUAAUCUUGUAUAGCAGACAGUGUUGACUGUCAUGUACAGUAUCUAAUGACAAAACUGGAUGUGCAUUGAGGUUUGUUCAGGAACAAUUGAUUGAACAGUUUUUUCCCCCUUGACUUAAAAAUGUUUUUUUGUUAAUGUUUGUAUGUGAUUGUGCACCCAAAACAAUUUUUACUUGUCUAUGAAUGGUGAAUAAAACUAUCAAAACUUC